AGUUGAGACUGGGCCUCGAUAUGGGUAGCCAAGCUGACUUCACACUGACGAUCCUGUGUCAGCCUUUAGAGCUGUAGGAAUUACAAAGCGUUCUUUAUUAGCUCUAGUGGAAGGGUAAGCCCAAAGCCUAGGAAACUGAUCAAAUUCCAGUGUCCAUGAGAUAAACGGUUUUAGGGGAGAGCAUUAUGUGCUGGCCCCUGGAUACAUUGGUCGUGAUAAUUUGAGUUCUCCGUGAACUCCAGUCGGUUUGGCCUUUGGAGCUGGUGUGCACUUCCCUCAGUGAAAAUUUUUCUUUAGCUGUGGCCGUUGAAGAUUUGGCUCAGCCGGGCGGUGGUGUUGCACGCCUUUUUAAUACCCACACUCGGGAGGCAGAGGCAGGCGGAUCUCUGUGAGUUCGAAGCCAGCCUGGUCUCCAGAGCGAGUUCCAGGACAGACUCCAAAGCUACGGAGAGAAACCCUGUCUCGAAAAACAAAAGAUAAAAAGAUUUGACUCAAACAGGUUCCCCUUCUUGCGGAGGACACCGAUCGCUUAGAGGCGGGAAAGCUUAGGGCUCAUUGGCUCAGUAGAUGUAAACGACAGAGCCUGGGCCAAUCAGCGAAGGCACUAAUACUCCCGCUUCCUGUCUGGGCUACGGUCCUGAACCACAACCUCCAAGCACGAAGGGAAUGGCGGGCGUCAAGGCUUGGUCCUCGCCUGCCGUUUCCCUCCGAUCUUCAUGAAUAUUCCUUCAGUGGUUCCACCCGCGUCCGCUGGUGUCGGCGCUCACUGGAGGCUUCAGCCCACUCGCGGGAGCAGCCCGCACGGACUCACGGAGCAUUCACGGGGACAGACAGAUAUGCAGCUGUAGCCCCUUUGAAGGCCAGACUCGCCUGUUUGCAAUCAGCUUCUCGGGUUGCAACCUUAACCACCCAUCCCGUAGCCCACGCCCCAGCCAGGUGGCCACCCAUAGAGGGCUCUGUGAAUAUGACCAAGGAACAGCAUGGGACCUGGUUUGGCUUUGGUUUCUGCGGCUUUGGGCAAGUGCUGGGCUCUGGGGAUGGGCGCCAUUCGGUGCACAGUCCCGAACCACUGUGUGCCAGUGAGGACGUUUGUCGAGUGAGUGCUAGCUGGAGCUACACCGCCCUGGUGACCCGUGGAGGCCGGGUGGAGCUGUCAGGCUCUGUGAACAGCUCAGCAGAUGGCUGCCGGGAUGCGUGGGCUUCCGAGGGACUCCUGGUGGUGGUGUGUGACAAAGACGGGUCCAGCACAGAGCUGCGGGCCUGGGCGCCAGGCUCGGCACUGCAGGGGGAGCCCCUCUGGGUCCAGAACCUGGUUUCUGAGGCAGAGGGCCCAGGGGAAGAUGAACCCAGCAGUGAGACUAGGGCGGGUACCCUACCGCUUCUGCCCGGUGCCCAUGCCUACGUGAACCCACAGCCCCCCUUCUGCCAGCCUUUGGCCCCAGAGCUGCGCGUGCGCCAGCUGGAGCUGGGUGCCGAGCAUGUGCUGAUGCUGUGCGAAGCUGGUCAGGUGUUCUCCUGGGGUGGAGGCAGGCACGGACAGCUGGGCCACGGGACGCUCGAGGCGGAGCUGGAGCCAAGGCUGUUGGAAGCCCUGCAAGGCCUCCGGAUGGCUGAGGUGGCUGCGGGUGGCUGGCACUCAGUGUGUGUGAGUGAAACUGGAGAUAUUUAUAUCUGGGGCUGGAAUGAGUCAGGGCAGCUGGCCCUGCCCAUAAAGAACCCUACAGAGGACAGGAAGAGAGUGAGUGGAGCAGCCACGGAACUGAAUGAAGAUUGUCUCAAAGAAGAGGAAGCAGCUAUGACUGAUGUUGGGGCUCCUGCCCCCUUCAUAGCCAUCCAGCCCUUCCCAGCUCUACUAGAUCUUCCCAUGGGCUCAGAUGCAGUCAAGGCCAGCUGCGGAUCCCGACACACAGCCGUGGUGACGCGAACAGGAGAACUCUAUACCUGGGGCUGGGGUAAAUAUGGACAGCUUGGCCACAAGGACAGCAGCAGCUUGGACCGACCCUGCCGUGUGGAAUACUUCGCUGAAAAACAACUCCAAGUAAGGGCUGUCACCUGUGGACCCUGGAACACUUAUGUGUAUGCAGUGGAGAGAGAAGAAAUCUGACAUAUAUCAUGUGAACCCCCAGGUUGCUAUCGGAGCCUAGAAACACCACCACCUAGAGAAAGAAGGGCCAGAACAUGAAGAAUUUCAACAUUUCCAACUGGCCACAGUCAUUUUAUGUCCCAAUCUCCUUCCCUGUGGCGGCACCGAGAGGAGGCAGUCCCAGCUUUAACUUGCUGUUCCCCACAACAAGGGUUAAGGGCAGCCUUCACCUCUCACUGGUGAGAUAAUGAAAGAGAAAGCAGAUGGUUAAGGAAAAGGCACUGUAGUUAGGUGUCAGCAAAUUCAAAGCAUUGUAGUGAAGAGGCAUUUCAGUCUCACACACAUUAGCGACUCACUGGUAGAAAUAAGUAGAGGUGAGAAAGAGGCAUAGGCCAGCCUAUGUGGACAGACUGGGCGACUCAGCCCUGUGGGUUAGUAAGGUAUAUACUCCAGGAAACAAUCAGCACACAGGCCAAGAGCCUCAGCAUAAGCAGCACACAGCUGGGGUUCCCAUCCCCAUUUGGGGGAGAGGGGGCUUUGAUAUGAAAACUAGGGGAUGGGGGCCAGGUAUUCUUUUUAAUUAUAAUAGGUAAAUAUAUAUUUGCACAGUCUUAGGUGGGGCUGAGAAUCCAAUUCAAGUCUGAACAUGUUUUCUUGCUAGUCAGUCUACUAGAAAUAGAAACCAGACACUUAUUUUUGAAGCCCACAGGAAGAAUUCUUGUGGGUUUUUUUUGUUUGUCUUAUAUGGUUGCUGUUGCUUUGGUUUUUAAGGAUAUAUGUGGAUACAGCUGAGAUUAUGGGUUAGUAUAGUACUGUGUCCCGGUGGGAUGAAGCCAGCAGAUGACAGAUCAGUUUAGAAAAGAGGACAUGGGACAUGCAAGGGUUGCCAU